CGAAAGACCCGAUACCAAUUUGGUAUAAAAGCGUAAAUAUUUUAGCGAAAUACGAGAGGAGUUUUCUGAUUGAGAAUCAGAAUGCGCAUCUUUUUACUGUUGGUGGCCCUUGUGGCUACUGUUGCCGCUACCCCGACGCCUGUUAGACAGUAUGCCGCCGAUCAAGAUUUUCUCCAUAAGCAACAAGAUGUCAUCCACAUUCUGGAGCACAUCACUCAGGAAAUUCCUGACCAACACAUCUACAACUUAGGAAAGACCUACGACAUUGAACAUAGCUAUGGCGAUUACAGCGAGCCCCACCUCGUUGAAUACUACGUCGGUCUCGUCAAGCACGGUCACGUCCAGCCAAGAGGAACCCCCUUCUCAACGAGCGUGAGCCAACUCCGCCAGGAAGUUUCCUUGCUGACACGUAUGUUCCUUGGAGCCAAGAACUACUCAGUAUUCUUCAAGACUGCUGCUUGGGCCCGCAUCCACGUGAAUGAGCACCAGUUCAUCCAAGCCUUCAUCACCGCUCUUCUCCAGCACCCAGAGACCCACGGAAUCAUUCCUCCAGCUCUCUAUGAGAUCCUUCCUCAGCACUACUUUGACGCUCGCGUCAUCCACGAGGCCCAGAAUGUCAGAAUUUACGGAAUGGACAACCCCUUGACUGAGCAGACCGUUGUCAUCCCGGUUAACUACACUGAUUAUGUUCCUCACGGAGAACACCAACUUUCUUACUUUACUCACGAUAUUGGUCUCGCUCUCUUCCAUGCUUACUUCUCCUUAGCUGGUUACAUGAUCCCUGAAGGUUACAAAGGACACGGCGUUGAAGGAGAAACCCACCACGGAUACCACAUUGGCCGUGGAUCAAUCUACUACUACAUCCACCACCAAUUGAUGGCCCACUACAACCUCCAGCGAUUGUCUCACGGUCUGGGACCAAUCGAGGAAAUCGACUACGAGCACGUGCAGACCCCGUACCACCCACACUUGUACCUCACCAACGGACUCCAAUUCGCUGGCCGCUCACACGACAUCACCCUGACCCCGUACUACGCCGAUCUCGUAAGAAACGUCUACGCUCUCGAGCACAGAAUCGUCAACGCAAUAGACUCUGGCUACGUAAUCACCCCUCAGCAAGCCUUUGUCUCCCUCUUCCAUUCCGAAGGACUGAACAUCCUUGGAGAGAUCAUCGAAGGAACCGGAAAAUCCAUAAACCCAAGAUACUACGGCAGCUACCAAGCCGUAGCCCGCCAGCUUCUCGGCAACGCUCCAGAGUUCGCCAACAUCUGGGAAUACACCCCAGCUCCUCUGGACCUCCACGAGACCUCAGUACGCGAUCCAGUCUUCUACAAGCUCUACAAACGUGUGAUCAAGUUCUUCCAACGUUACCAGGAGUCUCUCCCCGCUUACCAAUACAACGAUCUCGUAAUUCCUGGAGUAACCAUAGAAAAGAUCGUCUUCCCAGACGUCAACACCUACUUCGACACCCAGAUCGUCGAUAUCGACAACGGAAUCUACCAACCGGUCAACAAGCACGAGCAAGAGAACCUCAAAGUCAAGGCUGAAGUUAAGAGAUUGAACCACAAGCCUUACGAAUACCAAAUCUUCGUCAACAGCGACAAGCCCGUCAGCAACGCUGUUGUACGCGUUUACAUUGCACCUAAAUACGACUAUGAUGGUAAAUUGGUCGACAUUAACCACCACAGACAUUAUUUCGUUGAGCUUGACCAAUUUGUCUACGAUCUCCAGGAAGGCAAGAACGUGAUUGUCAGAGACUCUCACCACGCUCCACACUUCAGCCACGACUACCCAUCCGUCCACCACAUCAAGACUUACGUCGACAGCGCAGUACGUUCUCAGAACCCGUACUACGUCACCGAGCCAUCCCAGAUCUUUGGAUUCCCUGCUAGACUAUCAAUCCCCAAGGGACGUUACGGUGGCUACCCACUCCAGAUCCUCGCCUUUAUUAGCACUCCUGAACACCCAGUUCCUCACUUCGGACCCGUUGUACCUGCACAAUACCGUACUUACCAGAAGCAACACUACCACAUCUUUGAUGAUGAACACUACGAGCCAUACGUCCAGGAACACAAACACGGACAAGGUCUUUAUGAACACGUUGAUGUUGUUCCUCACUACCACGAACACGGUGUCUACGGCCAAGAUGUAGACAAACACCACUACUACUACGGUCACUACUUGUACCACAAAUACCCACAAUACUAUCCUUUCCACUACUACGAACACCCAGAGCAUGUCUACCAAGGAGAAGAACAUCAAGGAAUCCACCACACUGAGUACUCAGGACAGUACCAACACCACGUACCAGUCGGACAGACUGUACCUCAAGGACAAUACCAAGGAGUUUACCACCACAGCGGUGCAACCUACCCAUAUGUCGCCGGAGGAGCCAAGGAGUACGUCCACGGAGUACACCCGGAAGUACACCACGGACUCCAUCAAGAAAUACACGAUAAGAUCCACCAGGAUAUCGUCGGUGGAAUCCGCCAAGCAGUUCAUCCAGUUUACCCUGACGUACACCACGAGGUCCAAGGUGACCAGCCUGCUGGAUACGACCAUUACAAACACAACGUCGAGUACUUGAAGAAUUACUACCACGGCAAGCACAUCAGCGAAGUUAUCGGCGGUGUUGUUUCUCUGGAUUACAAACCCCUGGGUUACCCAUUAGACAGACCUCUGUCUCCAAGCGCUUACUACGUGCCCAACAUGAAGGUGGCUUACUUCUCAGUCUACCACCACGACGGUCACGAUGAGCAUCAUCAUGAAACUUACCGCUCAACUUAUUAGAAAUCAAAAUAAUUUUUUAUUUCUUUUGAAUUUCUUCUCACAAUCUCUCUCCCUUUUUUUAUUUUUUUUUACAAUCCUUCCUCCUGUUUUCUUACUCCUUUCUGUUAUUAUCUCUCGAAAUAAUAAAUUCUUCAAUUUGAUACUA